AUGAACGAUCUGAUCUUCCAUGUGUCAUUUCUGUUCGCUGCUGCUUCCAUGAUUCGUUAUUUGAGCGUCUUCUACUUCUUCAGCGUUCUUACCUUUAUGCUGAAAAGGAUGAAGAAAUGGACACUCACGAGAAAUGAACUUUUAGAGAACUACUCGAUGAGAUCGAAUCACUCACUGGCAUGGAUGAUCUUUCAGAAGGGAGCAUUCGAGAUUUUUGGAGAAGUUGACGAUGGUGACAAAUCAGGUUCAUUGCCUGGUUGCGUUGAUAUCACCUGGAUGUCCGUGUGGAGAGCCAACUCGAACGACAUGUACUGCCUGUUUCGAACGACCCUCGUCCCGAUCACCGUGUUCACCUACAUGAUCGUCGCCAGCAUCAUGCUCUUAUCUUCUGCUGUCGUCGUUUUCUUAAUUAUGAGCGGAUUUCUAGAUGAUUUAUCUUUGCAGAAAGAAAGGAGGUCCAAAUUCCACUCGAAAGUGAGAGAAUUGAUCGACAACAGCCCAAUAGAGGAAAAUGCUGGUCUCGAAGAGUGCAUCGAACAUGCUCAGAUGGUGUUACACAAGAUCUUUGAUGUUUUUGCUGACACUAUAAAUAAAGAGAUUGGUCAGAUUAAGAAGUAA